AUGGUUGCCUGGAAUCUCCUUAAAUUCAAUAGAGUCUUACAUGUCAAAUCUAAAAUCUCACUUGCUAGAGUGCACUUUGAACUUGGAAAUCAUUACGAGAGUAAAAAAUUAUUCUAAGAAAUUAAAACUUAAAUCAAAACAGAUGAUCAACUUGGAAAUGAUAAGAACUUGUGA